AUGGCGGGAAAGAAAAAAAGUAAAUCUUCCAAAUUAGCUCGAAUGAGUGACGAAGAACGUGCUCGUUAUUUGCAACAUCGAGCAGAAAUUGAAUUGGAGGCAAAAAGACGAAAACAGGAAUUAAUUGCAGUUUUUACAAAGAAUAAAUUAAAACGUGAAGACGCAUUUUCGCGAAUAAAUACAGCGAAAAUAAACGAACAGUGGCGAUUUAUUUUGAGAAAAAUAAAAUGUAAAGAAUUAUAUGAGGAAGUUGAAUAUUUAUGGAAAAAUUUUUUGCAAUCAGUAAAUGCAAAAGACGCUGUAAUUAAUAAUUUAUGCGAGCAAUUAGAAAUUGCCGAUCUCGAUCAUCGGAGGUUGCAAGAGGGACAUAUUGACAUUAUUGAUACACUAAUAGUGAGAGGCAAGCAGCGUUUGGAAGUUUUAAGAAAAAUGUAUCUUCAAUCGUUGGAAAAAAUAGAAAUUAUUGACAAAAUGGAAUUUGAGAAAUUAAAAAAAAUUCUUAAAGACGAUGCACGAAAUGUUGAGAGAAUAAUUUACUCCCAACAAAAAUCAAUUGACGAAAUAAUAAAUGAAACGAAAAUUAAAAAUGCCGUUUGGACCUAUACCAUCGAAUAUUCGAAACAAGGUGACAUGUCAGAAAUAAAAAAGCGCAUUGAAUCAUUAAUGGAAAUAGAAAAUUUAGAAUUGCAAAAAGUAAUUUCCAGUUAUGAAUCAUCAACGGAAAGUAAAAGAAAGCAAUAUGAAUAUUUAAAGGAGCAGGACGAGGCGAAUAUUCAUGAAUUCGCACAAUUUCCCAAAAUUCAUACACAAUUAUUCGAGUCAGUUGAAAAUUUAAAGAAUCAAUUACACACAAUGAAGCGAGAAAGUGACGAAACAAUUGACGAAUUAAAAUCCCAAUUGGAAAGAUUGUCAAAUAAAAUUUGGAAAUUACGACAAAAUUUGAAAUUAAUGCAAACAAUCGAUACACUACAAUUGAAACGUCUCAGUGUUACUAGCGGAAAUAUUAUCAAGGAACUUGGAGGACUUUUGGAAAAAAGUUGCACGAUUCAGUAUUUGACAAAGCUUUGUGCCGAUCUUGAGCCUCCUUUGUUGAUUAAGAAAUAUUCUGUAAAAGACACCGAGUCGACAAGAGAGAUAUUAACGACAGGAAUCGUCGAUCUCUACGACAAUAUGGAAAAUUUUUGGCAACAAAUAAAUCACGUGAAAGCAGAAAAUAUUCUAAUGAAAGAAGAACGAGCUCGACUUGCGUCCGAAAAUAAUCGUUUAAGAAAUAAACUUCGUACAUACCUGAUAUCAAUUUCACGAAAAAUUCCAAUGAUUUGACACCGUUUUUCUUUUUUCUUUCACUCACAAAAAAAAUCAAGAAACGAGGAGAAAAUAAUUCAAUUUUUUCUUUGA